UGAACGCUACUUCCUGUCACGCAGUUUGUGGAGCAAACUCAGCAACUCUUUUUCUUCUGUGGAUGUUUUUAAGCCGUGAGGACGUACUCGGAACUAACUAAGUGUGGGACCGAUGAAGAUGAUGGCGAGCGGCGCAGAGAAGGAGCAAGAGGAGGAAGAUAGGAGGAAGAGGAGGAGGCCGCUCAGACUCCUGGUGCCUGAUCUCAGCGUGUUUGGAAUGUCUUUCCUGGACGAGAGGGAUAAAGUCCUGAAGGGGGACCCCAGCCCCACCAGGAGCCUCUUCCAUCGGGUUAGCAGACCCAGCAGUCCUCGCUCGGCUCCGGCAGCAAGCUCCGCCUCCAGGACGAGUCCCACCUCAGCGAAAAGCAGCUUCCCCUUCCAGGCUGCAGAGUCUCCGCCCAAACCUCUACGCAGGUUGAGCUUCAGUGGGAUCUUCAGGUCAGCCUCCAGGGAAUCAAACCAGCAAACAUCUCCCUCCCCUAUUAGUAUGAAACUGUUCUCACGCAACAAGAGGAGCAAGGCUAGAGCCUACACCAUCUCCUCCCCGCCUCCUCCUCCUGCUCCGUCUCCCCCUGCUUUCCACCUGGAGACGUACCUGACGGAACCGAGGCGUCCGGAAACCAGGAGGCUGCGUUCCUUCUCUUCACCUCCUGACACCGGGAAACACUUCUCCUCCUCUUGUCGGCUGCCAUCAACAGUUCAGCAGGUGGAGGUUUCCGGUGAGUCAGAGCGCCGCCCUCCAGAUGGCGACGAUGGCGCGUGUGCCGACUCCGAGAGGGACAUCUAUAUGCGCUUCAUGAAGUGUCACAAGUGUUAUGACAUCAUACCCACCAGCUCCAAACUGGUCGUCUUUGACACCACGCUACAGGUGAAGAAAGCCUUCUUCGCUCUGGUAGCGAAUGGAGUGCGAGCUGCUCCUUUGUGGGAAACCAAGAAGCAAAGUUUUGUUGGAAUGUUGACGAUCACAGACUUCAUCAACAUCCUCACCAGAUACUACAAGUCCCCUAUGGUUCAGAUUUACGAGCUAGAAGAACACAAGAUAGAGACCUGGAGAGAACUUUACCUUCAAGAGACCUUCAAACCUCUGGUCCAUAUUUCACCUGAUGCCAGUAUUUUCGAAGCAGUGUCAUCGUUAAUCCGCAACAAGAUACAUCGUCUUCCCGUCAUCGAUCCUCUGAGCGGCAACGCGCUCUACAUCCUGACCCAUAAGAGGAUCCUCAAGUUCCUGCAGCUUUUUGUGUGUGAGAUGCCCAUGCCCGGCUUCAUGAAGAAGACAUUGGAGGAACUUCACGUGGGAACUUACGACAAUAUCGCCUUCAUUCACCCGGACACGCCCCUUAUCACCGCACUCUCCGUCUUCACGCAUCGCCGAGUCUCCGCCCUACCCGUUGUCAAUCACCAUGGUCAAGUAGUGGACAUCUACUCCAAGUUUGACGUCAUUAAUCUAGCCGCCGAGAAGACGUACAACGACCUGGACGUGACGGUGACGCAGGCGUUGAGACACAGGUCGCAGUACUUUGAAGGCGUCAUGAAGUGCAACAAGAUGGAGACGCUGGAGACCAUCGUGGACCGUAUCGUAAAAGCCGAGGUUCACAGGCUGGUCGUCGUCGAUGAAGAAUCUCGAAUUGUCGGCAUUGUGUCAUUAUCGGACAUCCUUCAAGCGCUCAUUCUAACUCCUGCUGGUGUGCUCAGGAACGAGGACGCUUUCCCGUCUCACACUGCUUUGGAUUCCACAAACCAGGACCAGGACCUUGAGGAAGACCAGACUGACUACAGGGACAAAAAUGCUAACUGCCAGCAGGGGGAGACAGAGGGCGAGGAGGAGAUGACAGACGGAGGAGAUCAAGGGGAGGCGGUGACAGAGAAAGAAUUGAGUGUAGAGGAGGUGACGGAGGUAGUUGAAGAUGUAAAGGGUGAGGAGUUGACAGAAGAGGGAGGAGAAGAAGAGGUCAUAGAAGAAGAAGAAGGGCACGGAGUGAUGCCGGAGGAGGAGACGGGAGAAGGAAAAGGAGGGAGUGAUGAGGAGGUAACGGAAGAAGUGGGAGACAAAGGUGAGGAGGUGACUGAGGCAGGGAAUGCGAGGAUAGUGGAGAAAGUGGAGGAGGGAGGAGAGGAAAUGACGGAGGAGACUGACGACUUGACAGAGGAUGUGACACAAGAAGGAAGGAGGGGGGAGGAGGAGUCGGAGGAGGUAACAGAGGGAGGAGAGGAAGAGAAGCAGGAUGAGGUAGCUCAUGGGGAGGAAGUGACGCAAGAAGGAGACGAUGAGGUGACGGAGGGAGUAGAAGAAGAGGAAGAUAAGGGGGAGGAGUUGUGACAUCAUCAGUUGAGGUGAACUUUGAGUGACAGAUGAUUGACCCGCCCUCUGGGAAUGUUGUCUCACUAAGCAUUAAUGACAACAGGCAGCUGUUUUUAAAGAACAACAUAGCAUAGCAGCUAAUUAGUCUGGCGUAUAUGUAUAUUUAUAAAUCAUACACAAAAUAUUUUAAUAUAUUAAAUCAUAUAUAACUUUAUUGCUAUGGAACACGUGCACAAUCAGGAAGUUAGCGGUUUGAUGUUAAGUCAGUGAUGAACGAUGAUGUCUUUUAUGAUGUUUCUAUUCGUAUUAAUCUAGAUUUUAUUCUCUUGGCUAUCCUUGUCGUGCACAUUCACUUCUCGAAAGCUGCUGGCGGCCCUUUUUUUUACCCACAAUGCAACUGAAAUGCGAAGAACACAACCAUUAAAUAUCACAACAAUUUAUUAUUCACUUAUAUCCACAUACAAAAAUCUAAAUAAUUCAUUUCCCUUGUUCCAUUUUUGUGUGUGACAAAACUACAUUCAUGUUGGCACUGAGUAGAGGAAGAGAAGUACGCACACGCACACACACAUUCACACUUUAAUACAAUACGAAGUUUUUUUUUGUUUCAUCUCUAAAAAGUACAAUUUAAAAAUAUGUAAUAACUCCUACUUUCCACAUGAAUCAUCUACGUCACAGUCCAUCAGUUCACAAACAUCCACUUUACAACAGGAAGUGCACAUUGUUGAACGUUCCAUUAUAACAGUAAUAUAUUCUGGAGUUUUUGAGCGCCAAGAUGGCGGCCGUCUGCAUGCCGUAGUCAUCAGCGCUGCAGGAAGCCCCUAUGUGAUGAGGUGCACUUGUAUGCGUCAAGAUCAGUAUUGUUUUUGCCGUCACUGCCUAACUGCUAACAAAGCUACAUGCUACAUGACAGUGGAGGGGGAACGCUUCAUCAAACAUUAGCAGCACACGUAGUUUUUAUGAGGUCACAACCUGGUAAAUAACCUGUUUGUGUGUCAUUUUACUAAAAAAAAAAAAAAAAAUUAUUAUUGCAGAUUUUGUGAUGUUUUGAUCAGGACGACACACAAGGAGCAGGAGAGGAGCAUGAAGAGGGAUUAUAACUUUUUACAGUGUGGAUCACUUUUCAAUUAAAACAAAAAUAAAUAACACGUACAAAAUUCAUCUGAGGUAUUUCUGCUGUACUGAGGUUCACAUUGUUGUGUUUUAAUAAAUGCACAUUAAAAAGGAACACGGUCCAGUAUUUAUCUCGGAAUCUUCAAAGAGUUGGCCUGGUUCUGUGGGAGCAGACCCUUUUAAGUGUUAAACAUGAGGAAACGAGGUAGACAUAAAGUGGUCAGGUGACUGAUGACCUUUAACCUUUCACCCUGACUGAUGAGUUGUCAAAAGAAGGAACAACACAAUGGCAGUGUGUGUGUGUGUGUGUAUAUUAUAUAUAUAUGUAUAUAUAUAUAGAAAAAACAGCCAGUAGGCUUUAAGCACCCUCAGAUAAGUCCCGCCCUCCUAUUUCACAGUCUGGUAGCCCCGCCUUCCACACCGAGUUUACCUGAGAAGUUUUGUCGCUGUCAGCCAAUCAAUCGUUAUGUAUGUAGCAUGACCCCGCCCACUUCAGACUUUUACAACCAGUCAAAAUGGACCUUUCACGAAGCCACAUUUUCCCUGUCCAAUCCCAGACGAGCACCAAAUAGGCUGUUCCGGCGGCGCUUGAUUUAAUUUAAUGGACGGUGUUACAGGUUUGUAUAUAUAUUUUUUGCUAUUUUGCUGUCAGUGAAAUCCCACCAAAAUCAACAUUCCAAGGUAAGAAAUGUAAUUACUAUCCCGAAAACAGUAAAGAGUAAAGUUGUGGAGCUAACUGGAGUAAAACUAGCUAGUAUGUUAUGUGUUAGCUAGUUAGCUAACGUUUGCUAGCUUUACAACUGAAUGUCGUGUCUCAUAUAUAGUAGGUAUAUUUAACUUUUUUAAAGUAAAUGGAGACUUGCCAAGCUAAGCUUUAACGUUGUUCUUUGACUCCUUUUGUGUGUUAGUUUACAUUUGUUUUGGCAUUUUUAUCGCUUGUGCAUUACUUCCGGGUGUCAACUGACGAAUCACGAGUAAAGAUGUGGAGCUAACUGGAGUAAAACUAGCUAGUACAUAUUGUUAUGUGUUAGCUAGUUGGCUAACGUUAGCUAGCUUUGUACAACUGAAUGUCCUGUCUCAUAUAUAGUAGGUAUAUUUAACUCUUUUUUUUUUAAAGUAAAUUGAGCCUUGCCAAGCUUUAACGUUGUUCUCUGAUUCCUUUGUGUGUUAGUUUACAUUUGUUUUGGCAUCUUUAUCUCGUGCGUUACUUCCGGGUGUCAACUGACGAAUCACGAGUAAAGAUGUGAAGCUAAGUGGAGUAAAACUAGCUAGUACAUAUUGUUAUGUGUUAGCUAGUUGGCUAACUUUUUUACAACUGAAUGUCGUGUCUCAUAUAUAGUAGGUUAUAUUUUUUUAAGUAAAUGGAGACUUGCCAAGCUUUAACGUUGUUCUCUGAUUCCUUUGUGUGUUAGUUUACAUUUGAUUUGGCAUCUUUAUCUCUUGUGCAUUACUUCCUGGUGUCAUCUGAAGAGCCUAACAACUGUAACUGCGGGGCGGGGCUUGGCGAAAGGUAAAUGCAGCAUCACUGUGACAUCACUUCCUGUUUAAGAGUUAGAACUGUCACUCUGAGGUGUUGCUGGUGCUGGUUGCUAGGCAACGAGGCUGCAUGUAGACACCCACGUCAGAGACAGGAGAAAAAAAAAAAGAAAACGCUGAGGUACCUGGAGAUCAUUCACUGAGUCGGACCUGAACAGGUGUAUGUGUGUCUAGUGUUGCUGCUCACAUGGUGGACUCUUUGGCCGGGAGGUCCAUAUUGGUUACCAUUGCAACUGGAGGGACAGACGACGACAACGAGGAGGAGGAUGAGGUGGGUGGGGCUACGGCGCAAGUGAGACGACUCACUUGACCCAUGCGUUCGUGGACGCAGCCGGCCGAUAGUCGGGCCUCAGCGUCGUGGUCCCAACAUUCCGACACUGUCUCGCACACAUGGUAGAGACCCUGAAAUGGGCGGAGUUAACAAAUGUAUUAGUGGAGGUAGUGAGGUGGUACUUCGUCUGUGGUGAUACUUUUCAUGAAUACUCACAUUGUGUUUCAGCCAAACGUCUUUGAAGGCCGGCCUCAGCUUCUUGUGGACGACAACUUCCUGAAGGUCCUCCAGUGACGGAUGCUGACCCACUUCCUCCUCAAACGGCAGCAGGUACUCGCCUGCUGGGCCUAACAAACACACUUUAAUGAGACUUGCUUUUCAUUGAAUGCAUUUUGUGGGCGGAGCUUACCAUCGGCGGCUUUGCAGCGUGUCAGGAGCUCCCACAGGACUAGACCCAAAGCGUACAUGUCGAUCCUUAGAAAGGCGUCCCGCUGGAAGUUGAUGGCGCCUUCUAGAACCUCAGGAGCCAUGUAGCGCCAUGUCCCCACCUGUGCACAUGCACACAUUUUAGUGAGGAGCUCCUCUUCCUGUUUGACGGCGGGCGUCUCACCUGUCCGUGCGUCUCUCCGGGCGGCGUUCCUGACUCAAAGGGCACGGCGAGGCCGAAAUCUCCGAUGACGGCGGUGAGGUCUGAACGCAACAGGAUGUUCUUGCUCUUGAAGUCCCUGAUGCACAUUCAGACAAAAGUCAAAGGUCAUGCAUGCCAGGAUGGUUUGGAGCAAAGGUGAUGGGGGCACACCUGUGGGCGAUGGCGGGUUUGGCUCCUUCGCCUUUGAUUCGAGGUACAUCUUCGUGCAGGUACGCCAGACCGCACGCCAUCGACCCCCCGAUGUGACACAACUCCAACCAACUGAUGACGUUCGCCUUCAGGAAAUCGCACAACGAACCCUGCGGGACAUUUGCCAACGCCUGUCAGUGCCUUUUGUUACAACUUUGUCACCUGUUCUCCACGCCAACCCGCCCACCCUCACCCGCUCAUGGAACUCUGUGAUGAGCCACAGUUCCGCCUCCAGAUGGCGCCCUCGCUGCUCGGCGCCGAUGAACCUCAGAAUGUUUUCAUGCUUCAUUCCUGCGGUGGUGAACACCUCUCGCUCAUUCUGCCAGGACCUUUUGUUCUGUAAGAUGACAUCUAAGUAUGAACCCGCAUGUGACAAACCUGCACAACGCAUGGCGUUCCACCUACCUGGAUAGGGAACACCUUGACAGCCACAAAGUCGUUCAUUAUUUGGGCCUUCCAGACACAGCCAAAACGCCCCCUGGCUUUCACCUCAAGCAACUGCAGCGGCUUGAGCGCUGGCAUGGGGGAGGCAGGCGGAGGAACCGGGUCCUGGAGGACAAACGCAUGCUUUUAUUUUGAAGAAGCUGCAACAACCACAUUUUAUGCUUGAAUGUGUAUGUACCUCUGUGAUGUCCACGUGUCCAUAAGGAGGUUUACGGUGGUGGUACAUCCAAACGGUGGCGAGCAGAAUGACUGACAGCAUGGUGACGGGCAGCAGGCAGUAAAAGAUGACUUGUAACACACCGAUGCUUGGGACCGGAGCCUGGAUGACUGACGCACACACAUACGUACAACUGUAUUGUACUGAGCUACGACACCCAUACACGCAGCAACAGAAGAAGACCUGAGGACUCUCCUCGGUGGACACGCACUCCUCACUGGACAAGAGUCACAUCACGGCCACCAUUAAGACACGCCCCGGAACGCUAUUUUUAGCCACUCCCACAACAUCCUGCCCUGUGCAUUUUACCGGUCGUAGCAGUUGAAGUCGUCAAGCCAGCAUCCUUUCUUCACCAGCUCAAUGGCACCCGACUCGUUGGUCCAGGAGGCGUAACAGUGCGAGCGCUUGUCGACGUCGCCCUCGCAGCGCUCCACGCCGCUCUGGUUGGUCUGCUCCAUCUCGUAGUUGACGUUGUAGUAGAGGCAUUCUCUAGUGGGGGCGUGGCCAGCCGUAAGACCUGUGGGAGUCAAUGCAACAUGGCAAUAUUAAAUCAAGUCAAUAAAGUCAACAUUUCUGUAGCAAGUCAUCACCAAUCAAUCAAGGCCACUUGAUCAAUGGUCAAUGUCAUAUUGUUACCGAGUCCCAAAAAGUUACAGGUCAUG